CAUGCAGCUUCCAUCUGGGUUUCCCAUGAUAACGACGAACAUCACAUAAAUCGGAGGUCAAAGUUCAAAUUUAUGCAACGCCCACUGUUAUCCUGUGCCGAGAUGAAAAUAGACUCAAUUGUCUAAAAUUUAGACUGAUAUUAUAACCUAACAUAACUAUACCUUACCUAACUGCAGGACAAAUCGCUUAUUUAUGUACCUACAUCGUUUUCCUUAGAGCAGACAAAAUUUGCUAACGGCGCUAGGCUCGCAUACCUUUUUAGUCAUUUUAUUUGGCGAUUGCCAAAGAAAUUUAUGGACAUUGUUUGCAAUAACAAACAACGGCUAUUGCCAAUAAACCAUGAAUGGGAGAAGCCAGGUUGAAUAGUUGUUGGAUCGUUGAGUUGCCAGAAAUAUUAACACAUACCAAAAAGGUGAUACUAUUCAACAUUAAAAAAAGAAAAAAUAUCAAACACUAAACAAACUACAGCAACGAUAACAACAACAACAUAAACCCAUGAUUAUAAAUUUGAAGAAUGUCAACAAAAACAACGGUAACAUUAACGUUAAACGCAAAUAUGACUAAAAAUGAAACGAAAGGAAAAAAUCGAAAUUAUAAAAAACACUUUCCCCAAAGCCAAGUUUUUUUUUCUUUCCUCGCUAUGUCGACGAGUUAAAGAAAGAACCAGAAACAAAAACAAAAACGACAGUGACAGUGAUGGCACAUACUCUAAAGCCAAAAAUAAACACAAGCCACUACCGCCAUCACCUACUCUAUGGCACAACGUCACAUGCCAACAAUCCGGGGGGCAAACCAGGCGUUAAAGAAACCCCAAAAAAAACCCGGCUAUACGGCAUUUUACCACCAAGCCGUUGCACCAUCAUCGCCCAUCAACAACUACAGCAACAACAAUGAAGUGAAAUGACCACCACAGAAACAAACAACCAACGACCAAAAUCAUGUUACCUUUGUUUGUUUGUGCUGCUGCUGAUGUUAAAAGAAGUCAACGAAAAUGUUGCGAAACGUUACCGCUGCUUUGAGUGGAGAAAGAAUAAUUUUGUUGUGCCCGUUAAGAUGAGUUCCAGUUCAUGUAAUGAGUUCUUCAAAAGGGGCGGAAGUUGGCUUAAGUUCUCUAUUUUUUCCACACUCUUCCCAUACAAAAUGCGAAGCUCUUUAAUUCUAUUGGCCUUGGCCCUGGCGGCCUGCCUUGUCAGCACACAUGCGGCUUCAUAUCGUCGGGGCGAUAAAAUUUCCGAACAUUUCAAACAAUUGGACUUACCACCUGAGGAAAUUGAUCCCAAUGUAGCACCAUUGGACAGCAUGAAUGAGGUAAUUUUUGACAAUGAUGUUCUAGAUCAGGCAGAAGCUGAAGCUGCCACCGAAGACAAUGUCAUUGAAGGAGCUGGAGAAUCUGCUGCGACCACAGCAGUUGCAGCAGCCGCUCCUGCUGCUGCAGCAACUAAUGCGCCUGCAGUGACCUCCGCCGCUGCAGAAUCCGUUGCCGAACCCACUACACCCGCUAAGCCGGAUGAGGAGAGUUUAAUUGCCAAAUAUUGUAAAUGUUCGGGAAAUCAUUGUGAUUGCUGUCGUGCCUUCAAUUUGCCCUUCAUUCCCAUCAAGGGACCCGGUUGUGCCAGAAUGACCUAUUUGGGCAAUGAGAAAAUGUCGGUUAGUUUGAAAUAUGGAGAUCUAACCUUAAUCACCAGAACUGUUUCAAGCAAACGUGCUCGUCCCAUUUGUGUUGGUCUUCCUGGAGGCUAUUCCCAAUUCUGCGGCCGCAUUUAUGGUCUCUCCAAGGCUAGUGAGAACUUCAAGGCUUGCUUAGGCUUUGAGUUGCGAGCUGAUGAUGAAGUUGAAGCUGCUUUGCGUGUCUCCUGUUUCAAAUUUGGCCCUGAAGGUUUAAGGGUAGCCGAAGCCGAACCUUUGCCCAGUGAGUCUAUUAAGCAACAGGAAGACGAUGAUGAGGAUGACAUUUUCGGUUUUGCUGCUGGUGGUGAUGAUGAUGAUGACGAUGAAGAUGACUACGAUGAGGAAAACGACGACGAGGAAGAAGAAGAAACCGAAAAUGACGAAGACUCUGAACCCGAUUAUGCCGAUGAUGAUGCCGAUAACGAAGAAGCUCCUGCCGAUGCCGAUUAUGGUGGCUUUAGUUUGGCUGGUCUCUUGGAUGAAUUGAGCGACGAUGAUGAAGAUGAAAGUAAACCAACAGCAGCAGUAGCACCAGCUGCUGCUUCAGCCACCCCAGUGAGUGCAGCUACACGUAAUGCCGAUGCAGCUCAAAGCAAAGAUGCCAAAGGCACCGAAUCAACAGAUGCUACACAAAUGAUGGAUGAUGAUGCUGCCUCAACGGCGGAUGCAGCACCAGCAGCCGCUGAGACUACCACGGACACCAAGGCCAAGACGAAAAAGGCCAAAAAGGCAAAGAAGAACAAGAAAAAGAAGGCUGCCGAUGCGGAGAGUGGUUUUGCCUAUCAAUUGUUGAAUAGCCUGCUGGAUUUUUUCAAUUGAGCCUGCAACCCGAAGUUGCAGGCAUGUUAGGAAAUAGUGUAAAUACUUUAUAUUAAACAAAAAAAUAAGAAAAGUUUUGGAACUUGGGUGCAAAAUGUAGUGAAAGGUUAAAACACAAAACACAAACAAACAAAGCUAGUUGUAAGCUGAUGUAGUAAUUUAUUUGAAUUGUGAAAAUGAGAUGUUAAUUAAUUAAUUUAUUUAUUUAUGUGUAAAAAUAAUUUAUUUA